AUGCGCAAUUCUAAUCAGGGCGGCGUAUUGAUUCUCGACCUUGAGAAGCCAGAGUCAGGAGUCCAGACAUUUGUCUCCCUGAAGGGAAGCACGGGACAAACCGGUAUUGCACCACUUGGUGGUGGACUACACGCCAUUAGUGGUGGUUUGCACUCUCCCUUUCACUUUAAGUUGGGGUCCAUGAGUAUGCUGAAUGGCAUGGCUGUCAUACGCAGAAAACCCCACAUUGUCCUCAGCGCGGAUUCGAUCGGUGGUCGGAUUUGGCGCAUCAACACCCAGACUAGGGCGGUUGACGUUGUCGUGGCCGACGACGAACUCGGCCUCGAUAGCAACCCUGUCAACUUUAUUCCACUGGGCGCCAACGGACUCGGGAUCAUCGACGACUGCCUCUGUUUCAUCAACUCAGCAAGGGGCACGUUUGCCCGUUUCAAGGUCGACAAGAGUGGCAACAAGAUUGGCGAUAUCGAGAUCAUUGUACAGAAUGACUAA